AUGAAGGGUGCGCAGACGCUCCUCGCCUUCAAGAGCAGCGGCGCGUACGUCAUCAACACGUACAAUCUCACCGGGUACCGCCCGCUCAGCGCGGCGUCCACGCCGAUCACGUUCGAGGCCACCGAGCUCGCCGCCGACGAGGGCGCCGAUGGGAAGGUGCGGCUCUACAGCACGCUGCAGCUGCCCAAGGGCAUGGAGGCCGUGAACCACAUCUGGCAGGUAGGGUCGACGGUGGCCAAUGGGGUGCCGGCCAAGCACGCGUUCGCGCAGGAGAACCUGGAGGCGAAGGGCAGUCUCGUGCUCACCGGUGCCGGAGCGACGGAGGCCGCGCCAGCUCCGGUGUUUAUCUCUCACGACUAUCUCGAUUAA